AUGGAGUCUCAAAGGUUGAAUUACAUACGCAAGCACCAGAAAAAACUAAGAGUUUCAAAGUACAAUAAUUUGAACGGUCCAGAACAGGAUCAGAACACUCAUGGAGCAAACAAGGGUAAGAGGGUUGUUUUACCAUUAACUUAUGUUGGAAGUCGAAGAUACAUGGAGCAAUUGUAUUUUGAUGGAAUGGAUAUUUGUAGUCAUAUUGGUUUUCCUGACCUUUUUAUCACAUUUACAUGCAAUCCAAUGUGGCCCGAAGUCAAAAGACUGCUUCACCCAAUGAGGUUCCAGCCCCAUGAUUGUCCCGACAUUAUAUCAAGAGUUUUUAAAAUUAAGUUGGAUGAGUUGUUGUUUGAUUUGACUAAGAAGCAUGUCUUAGGGAGAGUGGUUGCAUAUAUAUACACUAUUGAGUUUCAAAAAAGAGGUUUACCACAUGCUCAUAUUUUGCUAUUCAUGCAUCCGCAAAGCAAGUAUCCCACUCCCGAGGUCAUAAACAACAUCAUUUCAGCAGAGAUACCAUCAAAAGAAGAUGAUGUGGAAUUGUAUAAUCUGGUGAAGAGACAUAUGAUUCACGGUCCGUGUGGUUUGGCAAACAUGCUGUCACCUUGCAUGAAAGACGCAAAAUGCUCUAAAUUCUUUCCAAAAAAAUGGCAGCCUCAGACCGUAGUUGAUCAGGAUGGAUAUCCUGUAUACCGAAGGAGGGAUACUGGAAACACUGUUACGAUAAAAACGAUUACCGUUGCUGUCGUAGGAGACAACGAUAAUCCUUUGACCGCUAAAAAUGGCGAUGAAAUCAAGCAGUAUCUUGAUUGUAGAUAUGUCUCACCAAGCGAAGCAUGUUGGAGAAUAUUUUCUUUUCCCAUUCAUGGAAGGUCUCCUGCAGUAGAAAGAUUAUAUUUUCAUCUUGAGGGCGAUAAUUCGGUAUAUUAUACAGAUUACGAACUAAUAGAUGAGGUCCUUGAAAAACCAAGUGUGAAGGAAUCAAUGUUUACCGCUUGGAUGGAAGCAAAAAAAACAUAUCCAGAGGCCAGAAAUCUGAGCUACUCAAAUUUCCUCACUAAGUAUGUUUAUGAUAAAAGAUACCGACAAUGGAGACCGCAUAAGAGAGGGCACACCAUUGGAAGACUAAUCUGGGUUCCUCCAAGUACAGGUGAGCUGUAUUACCUGAGAAUGAUGCUGACUGUUGCAAAAGGGCCAACAUGUUAUGAGGAUAUAAAAAAGGUCGGUGGAAUUGUUCGGCACAGUUUUAGAGAUGCAUGUUUUGAAAUGGGAUUUCUUAAUGAUGACAAGGAAUAUGUUGUAGCCAUUAACGAGGCCAAAGAUUGGGGUUCGGGACAUUUUUUGAGAAAGUUAUUCUUAACAGAAGCUGAGUUGAAAAACUUGACCCUCAUUGAGACUGAGAAUAUGUUGCAAUCCAAUCGAAGAAGUUUGCACGAAUUCAAAGACAUGCCUUAUCCGGAUGCUUAUGUCACACGGCACGUUGGAAACAGACUGAUUUACGAAGAACAUGAUUACAAUAUUGAAACUGAGCGAGAAAACUUCAACAAUCUCUUUCGAGCCCUUACAGAUGAACAACGCUCAAUCUUUGAAAAAAUCAUGGAAGCUGUCGGAAAACAAAGAGGAGGGGUCUUUUUACAUGGUUAUGGAGGGAUCGGUAAAGCUUUCAUGUGGAGGACACUAUCAAGUGCACUUCGUUCGAAGAAAAAAAUUGUGCUUGCUGUUGCUUCAAGCGGUAUAGCUUCGUUGUUAUUACCAGGUGGACGAACUGCUCAUUCCAAGUUCAAAAUUCAUGUGCCAACACUUGACAACUCCACUUGCAAUAUUGACAAAAACACUGAAAAUUCUCAAUUAUUCGAGGCAACGGACGUGAUAAUAUGGGAUGAAGCACCUAUGGCUCAUAAAAAUUGUUUUGAGGCAUUAGAUAGAACACUUAAAGACUUCAUGACCAAGAAGGGAUUUGGGAAUAAAAUCUUUGGCGGCAAAGUUGUUGUUUUUGGAGGAGACUUCAGACAGAUUCUUCAAGUUGUUCCGGGAGCCGGGCGUUCUGAUAUUGUUCAUUCAUCCAUAUGCUCCUCUUAUAUCUAG